AGAGUAGCGCUUCAUCCUCCGUCGCCUAGAAGCCCGCCGGCAACGCUGCAUUUCAAAAACAAACGACAGUUCCUUCUCUCCGUUCGUUUCGUGACGAGAAUCAAUUCCAUGCAUGUGGUUUGCGGCAUCUUGUAACUUGUAAACAAAAGCGUUUCGGAAAUCUGCGAAUAGUGUGUGCCCUUUGUUACCGGUAGAAUGAUAUCUGAUGCGAACGUACGAGCUUAUAUUCUAGUAAAAAUUCGCUUAUUUAAUCAGUGAUGUGUGUACUUAUAUCGAUUUUUUGACAUAACCUAAAAACUGGUGAUUCACCCUUCUAUUACUGGGUUAAAUUACCCUUUACGACCCCUUCGGUGUUUUGUUUUUAAUUUUAGAAUACGUUCCCUGAUCCGGAUAUUCAAAUAUCGAGUAGGCUGUGAAAACGUAUCAUAUUUUUGAUAAUAAAUGAUUAGAUUCAUCAGUGUUAAAUUUAUGAAAUGAAAACAAUUUUGAAACGUGAAAAAACAAAUAGUAACUGUAACAUUCGGACGAUUAGUGCGUAAUUUAAUGGUGAUUUUUUUAUAUAAGUUAUCGUAAUAGGGAAAAUAUGCUCUGAAUAAUGGAUUUUGAUAAGGACCCAACCUUACAGGAGUGGACUAGAGAACAACCAUUAGCAGUCCUAGCCUUAGAUAGCGCCGAUAGAGCGGUUUUACGUAUAGCAGACGAAAGAGACGCCGUUCAAAAGAAAACUUUCACAAAAUGGGUCAACAAACAUCUAAAGAAGGCUCGACGUCAAAUCCGGGAUCUUUUCGAAGAUCUACGAGAUGGCCACAACUUGAUUUCCCUCUUGGAAGUUCUAACUGGCGAACAACUUCCGAGAGAGAAAGGACAGAUGCGCUUUCAUAUGUUACAUAACAUAGAUACAGCCCUUCAUUUUCUUCGUUGUAAAAACGUGAAGUUGGUCAACAUCCGAUCCGAAGAUAUCGUCGAUGGAAAUCCCAAAUUAACCUUGGGACUUAUAUGGACAAUCAUUCUACACUUCCAGAUUUCCGAUAUAGUUGUUGGUCAAGAACCGAAUGUUUCGGCUAAGGAUUACUUGCUUAGAUGGGCCAAACGCACUACUCACCGAUACCCCGGCGUAAAUGUGGUCGAUUUUACGAAAUCAUGGCGCGAUGGAUUGGCGUUCACGUCUAUCAUUCACAGAAACAGACCGGAUUUGAUAGAUUUUGGAAAAGCAAGGCAACAACGACCCAGAGACAGAAUGGAGAACGCUUUUUAUAUUGCCGAACGAGAAUAUGGAGUUACUAGAUUAUUGGACCCAGAAGAUAUCGACACCCACAAUCCAGAUGAGAAAUCACUCAUAACCUACAUUUCCUCCUUGCACGAGGUCUUCCCAGAACCUCCACCGAUCCAUCCUCUCUAUGAUUCAGCAGCUCAACAAAGAGUUCAAGAAUACCGAGAAAUCGCUUCUUCUCUUCAUAUGUGGAUAAGGGAGAAAUAUUCCCUAAUGCAAGAUCAUUCGUUCCCGCCCACUUUAAUAGAAAUGAAAAAAUUAGCCGUUGAGUCAUCAAAGUUUAAGACUGACGAGAUUCCGCCAAGACAAAGAGAUAAAAACUAUUGCACGCAGUUGUUUAAGGAACUUGAAAAGUACUUCAGAAGCGUAGGAGAAGUCGAAGUUGAACCAGAGCUGCAUAUUGAUAAUAUAGAGAGAAGUUGGCAACGAUUGAUGGAGGCUUAUCAAGUUAGAGAUAGGAGAAUCGCGGAGGAAAUCAAGAGGUUGGAGAAGCUGCAGAGAUUGGCAGAAAAGGUUCAUAGAGAAAUUAAGCAAACCGACUCCAAUUUAGAUACAAUCGAACGAGCGAUCGAAAACGAAUCAAGAAGAAUUGAACGAAUCCAUCCUUUAGAAGCCAAAAAGAUUGCCGAUCAGAUAGAUCAAGAUUUAUCUACGAUAGAACAAAACAUACAAUCGCUUAAAACAGAUGUAAAUACCUUGAGAAAUGGAAGGUAUCCACAAGCUAGUGAUUUAGAUAAACGCGUUAAUAAGUUACACGAACGAUGGGUAAAUAUGAGACAUCUUUUGCAUAACAAGAUCGUAGGUCCCCUGGCCAAUUUGAGUUUCCCAGUGGAAGAAAGAACCGUCACAAAGCAUAUUCGUACAGUACAAGAAACCAGAAACGUAGAUACCAAUCCUCAUUUUCGAACAUUGCAAGAACAUAUUGAAUGGUGUAAAAAUAAGUUGAAACAACUUAAAAAGGCAGACUAUGGAACUGAUUUAGCUUCAAUACAAACAGAAAGAGACAUUCAUCAAAGAGAACACAAACAAAUUGAUCAAUUCCAUUCGAAAGUGGAAACAUGCUUAAUGGCUCGACAAUAUUUUCAAGGAGAAGAACUUGUAUUGUAUAACCAACUUCUUGGACAACUUCAGAAGAUAUAUGCUGAGCUACUGUCAUUUAGUACAAACAGAAUGACAGAUUUGGAAUCACUGCUCGAUUUUAUUCAGAGCGCUACCAAUGAAUUGAGUUGGUUGAAUGAAAAAGAAGAAAUAGAAGUUACCAGAGACUGGAGUGACACCAAGCUGGAUGUUAGAGGCGUGGAAAAAUACUUUGAGAGCUUAAUGAGCGAUUUAGAAAAACGAGAAAUCCAAUUUAAUUCCGUCCUAGAGAGAGGUGAAAGUCUAGUUCUACAAAAUCAUCCAGCAACUAAGGCAAUUGAAGCUCACAUGGCUGCAAUGAAUGCCCAAUGGGCGUGGUUGCUGCAACUUACUCAUUGUUUAGAAACACAUUUGUUGAACACUAGAAAUUAUCAAGCUUUCUUUAACGAUAUUCAAGUUGCCGAAGAAUGGCUAAAAGAGAAAGAUGAAAUCAUGAAUACAGAAUUUAGCCAGGGUGAAUUCAGCCUUGACGUUGGAGAAAAACUUCUACAGGGUAUGCAAAAUCUUAGAGACGAAUUGAACAAUUUCGGCGACCAAGUGCAAGCUUUAACUGCCAGAGCUCAAGAAAUAGUGCCUUUAAAACAACGUCGACAACCAGUUACUAGACCCAUUACAGUUACUGCAGUUUGCAAUUACAAACAAAACAACUUCGUUAUUGAGAAUAAUAAAGAAUGUACCCUCACUGACAAUUCAGGUCGAACAAAAUGGAGGGUACACAACUCAAAAGGUAUAGAAAGUCAAGUACCGGGUGUAUGUUUUGUACUUCCACCACCAGACAAAGACGCUUUAGAUGCAGCAGAUCGUUUACGACGUCAAUAUGACCGUUCUUUAUCUUUAUGGCAGAAAAAACAACUCAGAAUGAGGCAAAAUAUGAUAUUUGCUACAAUCAAAGUUGUGAAAGGAUGGGAUUUGCCGCAAUUCAUUGCUAUUGGUGCUGAACAAAGAAAUGCCAUUAGGAAAGCACUAAAUGAAGAUGCAGAUAAAUUGAUGGCUGAAGGUGACCCAUCAGAUCCUCAACUAAGAAGGUUAAGAAGAGAAAUGGAUGAAGUUAAUAGACUGUUUGAUGAAUUUGAAAAACGGGCUAGAGCAGAGGAGGAAAGUAAGAAUCAAGCUAGACUCUUCAACAACCAAAUAUCAAAUCUUCAAUUAGCCCUAGAUGAAGCGGAACGUAUAAUAAACCAACGUGUACUAUCGCCUCUUCCAAGAGAUAUUGACACUCUUCAGCAUCUAGUCUUAGAACACAAAGAAUUCGAAUCCAGACUACAAAAUAUGGAACCAGAAGUUGAACAAGUGAAAGAUACGUUCAGAUCAAUCACACUCAAAACUCCACAACAUAAGAAAGAUUUAGAAAAAGUUUUAGACAAAUGGAAAUAUAUAUGGAACACUAGUAAUAUUUACAUCGAAAGAUUGAAGUGCAUAGAAAUUGUUCUAAAUGGCAUGUAUGAUGCCACACAAGUUAUAUCUGAAUUCGAGAAGAAAUUAGCGUUGUUUGACGAGCUUCCCAAAACCAAAAAAGGACUUGAAGAUGUUCAUGAUGAUUUACUCAAAUUAGAAUCUGCUGUCGGACAACAACAAAUAGUUAUGGAUCAACUUAACGACGACUUUGACAAUACUAGACGAUUGACUGAAAAAUCUAGACCAAACCAACGUGGUCCUCAUUCAGAUGUAGAACGUUUAGAUAAAGAAAUACAAAAAUUAAACAGUAGAUGGAGCAAUGUUUGUUUACAGUUAGCCGACAAGUUAAGAGGUUGCAAACAAGCUUAUGAUUUACUCAAAAACUACGGAGAAGCUAAAGAAAUUGAAGACCAUUGGCUAAACGAACAGUAUGGUAAAUUAGAGAUGCUACAACCAAUCAAAGAAAGGGCUAAAGAACAUUUGGAUGCUACUAGGAAUCUUCUCAACAGUGUUGUGGAAAGAGCACCUAAAAUUGAACAAGUCAAUGUAAAUGGAGGGCGUUUCAUUAGAGAAGGCAAGAUAUGGAGCAAGGGGGCACAGAAGUUCCGCGAAGCAUUGUUAGAAUACCAACCGUCGCUGGACGCCAACGCAGCUAUCUGGAACAACAAGCAACCUUCUGGUGCCGACCUGGUGGCCAAAGAGUUGGAUGAAUUUAACGAGAGAUACCAGUAUCUGGUGGACUUCUUGUACGACCGGUUGAAACAGAUAGCUGAGAAAUGCAAAGGAGAUAUCGUCACUUUGAGAUUGGUGGAACAAAUGCAACCACAACCAUUCAGAACCUUUAGGACUGAAUUCCAUAUGAGCAGUGCCAGUGAACAAACAUCUACUUUCACCACAACUACUCAUUACAGUAAACAGUUCAUUCAAACAACAAGAACAGAAAACGGUACCUCAUUAAAAUCUUCAGAUGAUCAAAGAGACGGAAGGCUACGGGAUGAUACAGAUAACAUAACAAACGGCAGACCUCCCGACAAACACACUACCCUUACCCAUAUUAUACAAGGACCGGAAUCUUGGGUAACUUCUGUGCAAUUUAACGAAAUAAAAUCUUUAAAAAAGACACACAAGGUAAAUGAAGGUAUAAGCACAGAUGAUAUCAACGACAUAGAAGGCAUUUUGAAUCCUUACACAGGUGAAAAAUUGACUAUUAGAGAAGCCAUAGCGGAACGUAUCCUUGAUGUAAGAUCGGGUAAAGUGGUGGUAUCUACGAACGGGACGCAACUCUCCAUAAACGAAGCGCAGAGAGUAGGAAAUGUUCAUUCUAUUAUAGCCAAGAGAUUACAAAGUCCUUGUGGUAUAACUGAAAAUGGCCGAGACCUGACACUUUUAGAAGCUAUUCAACGAGAAAUUUACGAAGCAGAACACGGUUUUUCGGAUCCAUCUGAAAAAAGAUUAAAGGUAACUCAUUCAACGACAAUAAAUCAAGCUAUAGAUGAUGGUAGAGUUGAUGUUAAUGCCGGAACGUACACUCUUGAAAGCGGGGAAAGAAUAGAUUUAAGGGAAGCUUAUAACAGAGGUUACCUUCUAGAACACACGGAAGUUAAAUUGCAAACGGGCGCUAUCACGUUAUCCGACGCAAUAACUCAAGGUUUAAUAGAUGACAAAACUGGUUGGAUUGUGGAUAGGAAUACCGGAAAUAAAUAUCAAAUCGAUGCUGCAGUUAAAUGUAAUGUAGUAGACGGUGACGUGAGAGAAAUAGUCGAUACUAAAUCCGAUAACAAAAUAACAAUAAUACAAGCAUUAGAUAAAAAUUUGAUUAAUCCUAAAUUGGGAAAGUAUAUUCUAGGUCACGAAAAAUUAUCAUUUUUAGAAGCUAAACGUAGACAAUUGAUCAUUAAACCUAAAUCUCUUAAAGAAAUCGUUGAUGAUAAUUUGAUGGGCGCGGACGGUUUAAUUUCAUCUCCUACGCAUCAAACUAAAUUAACUUUACUCGAAGCGGCAAAUCGUGGUGUGUUAGAUUUAGAUUCGUUAAAAACUAUCUUAGAUUUACGAACAAAUGAGUACGUAACGCUUAACGAAGCUCUAAAAGAAGGAAUCAUUUUACACGAUAGUAGAUUCAGAAAUUCUGUCACUAAUGAAGUGUUGUCGAUACAAGAAGCUGUCAGUAGAGGUUAUAUCAUAUCUGUAGUAAAAAAAUCUAUAUUCGACGUAGACGGUUUCCAACCUCCCGAUAAAUCCGAUCAUAUUAGUUUCAACGCAGCAAAUACUAAAGGUUAUAUUAGCAAAAAAUCAAACGGUAGCUUAUUAGUUAAUAAGAAAAAUGGAAAACUUCUUCCUUUCUGUGAUGCCGCACAAACUGGCGAGGUUAAACCGGAGGUUUUUGAAAAUUUGAGUCGCCCUAUCGGAAUAUUCGAAAAUGAAAAAGAAUUAACUUUAUUAGAAGCGGUAUUUCGCGGGUACGUAGAUCCUAAAACAGGUAAUUUAUUGGAUCCAUCUACUGGUAAAGUAAUUUAUUUAAACGAAGCUAUAGCUCAACAUUUUAUAACGCCUGAAGGUGCCGCUUUGCUAAAUAGUUUACUAAAUUUAAACGUUUCUACAAAAGUUACUCGUACUCUAGUCCAAAGAUAUGUUACUGUUACUAGUCAAGAUGUCACACAAGAAAUUAUUACCUACACCGAAGCCUUAAGAUUAGGUUUAAUAAAUAACGAACAACAAACGUAUACGGAUCCUCAAACCAAAGAAGUCAUUCCUAUUGUUCAAGCUAUUAGCGAAGGAAAAUUAGCUCCAGACUCUGAAAGCUCAGAAAAAAUAAUUACCAGUCAAACCACCAAAGUGGUCAACGAUAAAUCGAUAACAACAGAUUUUAUUACAAAUGAAAAGAAAUCGUUCGAAAAACACAUUUAUGCAUUGCCUCCUGAAGGUUUGACACUAUCAGAUGCCAUCAGUCAAAACUUAUAUGAUCCUGUACACGGUUUGUUCUUAAUCGAAGGAACCGACCGUCAAGUUAGUUUCCAAGAAUGUAUUAAUUUAAAACUUAUCGAUCCAACUUCGAUAAGUGUCGUAGAUCCUAUCAGUAAAAAUAAAAUUCCUGUAACCAAAGCUCUAGACAAUAAAAUUGUAGAUUCGAUGGGUCACUAUGUUACCCCCACAGAAAAAAUCACCAUGAAACAAGCCAUUCAAAAAGGAUUAAUUACCAUUGACGACGAAAAAAUGGAAAUGGACGAAUCUAAUGACAAUAUAACUACUGUUAAAGUUGUUCGAAUAGAACCUAACAUAGUCUACGAUCCCGAAUCACACGAUGUUACAUUUUUAGAUAGCAACCAAUCAUCAGAUCUAAUCACCGCCAUAAACCAAAAUAAAAUACCUUUAGAAAAAGUUACCGUUAAAGAUCCUACAACAAACCAAUACAUUCCCAUGAAUCAAGCCAUCGAACAAAAUCUCGUUGACUUAGAAAAAGGUACUAUUAAAGACAGCGGUGGAAAUGAAGUUUCUUUAAAAUAUGCAGCCCAACUAGGUAUGCUCGCUAUUAUUGGAGCUCCUGUAGUUGCAACGAAAGCUACGAUAAAAAUUGUAAAACAUCUUUUCGUAACUGAUCCCAACACGGGUCAACAAUUAUCGGCAGAAUUAGCUCUACAGCGAGGCCUGAUAGAUCAGGCUACCCUAGAAAAAUUGCAAAAACAAAGCAGUGCAACUCAACAGGUAGCUUCAGACGUUGUUAUACCUUCUCAGGGCUUGGCUCAAAUAGAACCUUCUAAAAUAAAAACUUUAAGUACUGCCACUAUUAGUUUAUAUGACAGUGACGGACCUUCAGAGGCAGAUAAAACGCGCGCUAGAAUAACCAUCGAACCAACUUAUAGUGUUAAAAUCGGUAGAGCGCAAUCACUUAGUCCGCAAAAAGAAGCGAAAAAAGUGGUUUUGCAAAAACUGAGAAGGAAAAUUGUAAAACCAAAAGACGCCGUUACGGCUGGAAUAAUUGAUUCGGAAACGGCACAAAUAUUGGAUAAAAAGAAAUUAUUCAUUUCUCCAAACGGGGAACCGUUAACAUUACAAGAAGCCAUAGAAGCUCACCAAUUAGACGGUAAACAAGGUAAAAUAGUAGAUCCGCAAAGAGGUGAUUUGUUGACCAUAAGAGAAGCCAUCGAUCGAGGUAUUCUGGAUCCGGAUGGUACAAAUGAACUUUUAGUGCCUUUAAAUCGAAGUCUGUCAAUCCCUGAACUUGUUAAACAAGGUUUAAUAGACCCAGACAGUCACAAAAUCGUCCAUCCCGAAACAGGUGCUCAUUUAAGUAUUAGUGAAGCUAUUGUCUGUGAUAUUGUUGAUCCUUUGAGUACAUUAAUUGAAAAAUCUGGCGAUAAAGUUACUUUAGGUAAAGCAUUAGAAAUAGGUGUGGUAGACGACAAGAAAUCUACCGUUGAAACAAAUUCUGGAACAAAAGACUUACAACAAGCUGUGAAAGAUAAAAUAUUUGAUGAAACAACGCCUGUUGGACCAAUUGAGUUACCUCCUGCAGGUAUGACAUUCCCUGUAGCUGUGAAAAGAGGUCUAGUGGAUACUGAAAAGAAAGAAAUAAUCCACCCUCUUACAAACGAAAUCAUUCCAUUAGUUGAUGCUAUUGAAGACAAUUUUAUUAUGACAUUACCUUUUCCCUCUAGUCCAAAUUCUGUUAAAAUAGAAAAUGCUUUAGAUUCAAAUUUGAUCGAUUCAAAAAAUUCUACAUUUAAAGAUCCCAAAACUGGAGAAAUUUACCCAAUUUCGGAAGCCGUCGAAAAAGGUUUGCUGGUUCUUAAAGAACCUAUACACGUAGUAUCAUUCAGCCAUUCCACCCCUGUAACAACAUUAACAGAAACCGUUAAUACCAUCCACACGGUUACAACCAAGACGAUAGAACUGCUAUCAGGAUACGCGAUAUUAAAUAAAAACGAAAUACAAAAUAUAGAAACGGGCCAGAUCAUUUCAAUGGCAGAUGCUAUUGAGCAAGGCAUUGUGAAAGACGUAAACGAAACUCAGAAUAAGACUAUCGUCAAAGACAUAAAAAUGAGUUUUUCAGAUGCUUUGAAUAAAGGUUUAGUUGAUAUGAAUGCAGGUAUUUUUCUGGACCCAGCAUCUGGUAAACAAGUGACAAUAGAAAAAGCUCUACAAGACGGUACAUUAUUGGCAGUUCCUCAGGGUAUUCCAAAAGUUACUGGUACAAAUAAAAUUUCCGAUUUAACUAUUGCGGAAGCAUACGAAACUCUUUACGAUAAAAAAACCAAUACUUUCCGUGAUCCGAAUGACGAAACUAAAGAACUCACCUUCAAAGAUGCCAUAGUAAUGGAAAUUAUUGAUCCUAACUCGAUAAUAUACGAUGUAACAUCCAAUAAACCAAUAACUGUAGAACAAGCUGUAAAAAUAGGACUUUUAGACGCCAAAACUGGACAAGUAAUCGAUGAAAAGUCAGGUAAGUCAAUAGAUUUUAAAGAAGCUACAAAGAAAGGUUUAAUAGCAGUUUUGGGAGGAUUGACAUUACCCGUAGUAGCACCUGUUUUGGCAGGAGCAGCAGCUAUUAAAGCAGUGAAAAACUACGCGGACAAGAAAAAAACUGAAAAACAAGCUGAGCAAAUUUACUCACAGAAAAACCUUAAACCAGUCCCGGUUGAUCAUCACGAAUCUAAAGAUGUAACUAGAGAGGAAGUAACUGUUACUAUCGAUAUGCCUCAAAAAAUAGUGAUACUUCCUAUUGGCGAUGCCAUUUCUCAAUUCAAAAUUGAACCAAAAAUAUGCCGAAUUUUAUACAAUAAUAAAGAAUUGCCAUUCACAGUACAAGAUGGCUUAGAGCAAAACAAACUGAGUCCUUUGGAUAAUAUACAAAUUAUCACAAAUCACGAAGUCAUACUUGUAGAUGAUUCGAAAACUGCUGUAUUAAUUAUUUCGAAACAUUUGACUUCUCAAAUGAUGGCAGAGUUAGGAUAUUACGAUAUAAGAACACGAACAUUUAUUAAUCCUCAAACAGGCGCUCACAUAACUUUCGAAGAAUUAAUUUAUGGUUUGGGAAUAUUCGAUGCCGAAACAAUUCUAGUCAAAGAUUCAACUAAAAAACCACCGAUUUAUAUUCCAUUAGAUGAGGCUCUCAAUAGAAGACUAAUUGAUAAACACACGGGUUACAUGGUUGAUCCUAAAACUGGUAAAAAAGUUCCAUUCUUUGAAGCUGUUAAACUUAGAUGGAUCAUUCACGUGAAUGAUAAACCCAAAGAGAAAUAUCAACCUUUAACGCUUCAAGAAAUUGUAGAAAGUGAACAAUUCGAUCCAAUUAACGUCUCCGUGAAGACAAAUGAUAAAGAAUUACCUCUGAUAAAGGCUAUCACCUCUAACAUAGUCGAUGGAAAAUCUGUUACUAUCAGAGAUCCUAGAACGAUGCAGCUAGUUCCUUAUUAUGAAGCCGUAGAUAAAUCGAUAGUGGACCCACAAAGAGGUUUUGUGAUAAAUAAUGCUUCUCUAAGAACUAUGCUAUUCCCCGAAGCAUUCCUCAAAGGUUACGUACUAGCAAUUCCAAGACCUAUUUCAUUACAAGCUGUUAUACAUAAGGGAAUGUAUGACUUACAUACUUGUAAAAUUAAUGAUCCUUUAACUAAAUUACAUAUAUCUAUACCAGAUGCGGUGGAUCGUCAAAUUAUAGACGAUAAAAUUAGUGAAGUAAAAGACACUAAAACAAAUACAUUCAUUCCUCUAGAUGAAGCCCUGAAAAACAAUUUAAUUGAUUCAUCCGAAGGUAAACUGAGAGAUACUAUUUCAGGAAACUUAGUACCACUAAACCAAGCAUUAGAAUUGAACCUGAUUCGCACGAAACCUGUAGUUUUCAAUUUAUUACAAGCUAUAAUUCAAAACUACUAUUCAGCACGAACAGGACUAAUUUUAAAUCCAAUAACCGGUGACGAAAUCACUUUACAAAAAGCUAUAGAAUUCAAAUUGAUAGAUCCAGUAACUACCAGAAUCAAAGAUGACAAACGCGGACGUAUCGUUGAAAUUAAAGAAGCUAUUCAAUCGAACUUACUAGAUCCCGAAAAAGGAGUACUAACAAGCCCAUUAUUGCCUUUAGACCAAGCGUACCUCAGAGGAUAUAUACUAAGCACCGUUUUACCAUGGUCUUUGCAAGAAACUCUAGCGCAAAAAGUUUACGAUCCAAAAAGCGGACAGUUUACAAUUAACAACGCUAAUAUAACGCUAGUUGAAGCUAUAGACGGAGGUAUCGUGAAUCCUAAUGUUCUAACUAUAAAAGAACCAAGAUCUGGAGAUAUCAUUACCUUGAACGAAGCUAUUAACCUCAAACUUAUAGACCCUAUAAAAGGUGUCGCAUUCGAUCCAUCAACAAAUACCGAAGCUAAUCUAUACGAAGCUUACGAUAGAGGUUUUAUAGUUCCGUAUAAAAGUCAAAUCACUCUGCCUGAAGCAGUCUUUAAAGGAUUCUACGAUCCAAACACUGGCAAAUUUAUCAAUCCAAAGAAUAAAGAAAGACUUAAAGCUUCGAGCGCUAUCAAUCGUGGCUAUGUUGACGUCUCAUCUACUUUAGUAACCAUAGAUGAAGAAAUAGUAACGUUUGAACAAGCCAUGUUUGAUGGAAUUAUUGAUACGAACGAAGGUAUAUUAAUGAGCUAUAACGAACCCGUUGAUUUCAGCGAAGCUUUCGAACGAGGGUUAUUAGUAGAAAUACGACCACCCGUACCGUUAAGUGAAGCAAUAGCGAAAGGAAUUUACGACGAAGAAUCUCAAUUAUUCCUAGAUCCGCAAACUGGUCAGUACAUAACUUUGAUAGAAGCCAUUGAAAUUAAUCUAAUCGACGCAGAGUCGGUCAGUGUUAAAGAUACUCGAAUAGGAAUAUGGAGAAAAAUACCUCUAAUUGACGCUAUUCAUAACAAUUAUGUUGACGGUAAUACUGGAAUGGUUAAAGAUUUUUCAAAAGGAGAACCCUACGAGGUAUCCUUACAGAAAGCUUUUGCUUUAGGCAUUUUGGUUGAUAACAAAGCAGCUGUGUCAUUACAAAGAGCAAUCCACCAAGGCCUCUAUGAUGAGAAUACAGGUAAAAUACUGGAUCCUAAUACCGAUAGAAGAAUUACUUUACAUGAAGCUAUACGAAAUUUCAGUAUCAAUCCAUUACUAUUAUGUUAUUUGGAUAAACAUUCAGGUAAAUUCUUAAACUUGACAGAUACUUGUAGGUUAGGAAUCAUAGAUAAACGUAACGGUACCUUCAAGGAUCCAAAUACUGGUAAAAUAAUCAAAUUAUCCGCAGCUUUGAAUUCGGGUUUGAUAAUUGACAUAGAGACAGCUAACUUUGGUUUGUACGAAGCUUUAGAAAUGGAACUAUAUAUACCGGACGAGAAAGUUUUCGUACAUCCUGCAACUGGACGCAAAUAUAACCUUAAAGAUGCUUGCGAGAAUGAACUAAUUAAUCCGGAGACGUCUCUGAUUAAAAAUACUAAACUAAAUAAAUACGUAAAAUUGCCGGAAGCUAUAGAAAGCCACAUUGUUAACGACGAAUUCGGAACAUACAUUUUCCCUCAUGGCAAUACUAUUGAUUUAGUAGAUGCAAAAAAUAAAGGGCUCAUUGUUACUGCCAAUACACCCUUAAGCCUAGAAGACGCGAUCAAAAACUUUUUGUACAGACCCGAUUCCGGAAAAUUCAUCGAUCCUGUCACCGGUGAAUAUUACGAUCUUUCACAAGCUAUAGCUGUCGGUUUUAUAGAUCCCUCAACUACAGGACUAAAAGAUUUAACAAAUAACAGCGUCAAAUCCUUGAUAGCAGGUAUACAGGAACAUAAUAUUGAUGUUGAAAAAGGUAGGGUUUUAGAUUCCAAAUCUAAAAAGACUUACAACCUAGAUGAAGCAUUCAAAAGAGGUUUAUUAAUAAGUUUGGAAAAACCGUUAAUGGAAGAAUUCUCUCAAAAGACAAUUUCUGAUUCGCUCGCAUCACCGAAACCAACAAGAGAGUGUUCCUUAGAAGAAGCUAUUAAAUUCGAACUUAUCGAUCCGAGUGUGGCGGUUAUUAAAGAUUUGCAAUCGGGUAAAUUUAAAUCAGUCAUCGACGCCAUUCGUGAAAAGCAACUUGAUACCAAUAAAAUCGUUUUAUUCGACCCCGCUACCGGCAAAGUAAAGUCCGCUUGUUGUACUUACGAUAAAAAUAUAAUUAUUUAUUUAAAAGAACCCUUAUCGUUUAUUAAAGCUAUUGAAAAUGGUUUAUUAGACGUUAACACCGGGAAAUUCACCGAUCCACAUUCCAAAGAACUUCUCACGUUGAAAGAUUCAAUCAGCUUAGGUUUUAUUGAUCCGGAUACCGCGCUAAUAAAAGAUUCAAACAAAAAGAAAUUGAUAAAACUUCCAGAAGGUUUUAGAAAGGGCCUCAUAGAAGCCGAAAAGGGAAGUGUACUCGAUACCAGCACUUCAAAAUUGUUCUCAUUGCAAACAGCAUUGGAUACUGGUUUACUCAUUACAACCAAUAGAAGUUUUACUUUAAUAGAGUGUAUUACGUUCGGAAUUUACAAUCCGACCACAGGCCAUUUCACUGACCCGUUUGUUACCACUAAUAUAAUAGACAGAAAAAAACUGAAUCUUGGUGAAGCCCUAACGGCAAACUUGAUUGACCCGAGUAGUACCGUUGUUAAAGAUACGGAAACUGGUGCGUUCCUACCAAUUUUACAUUCUAUUGAAACUGGAUUAGUAGAUCCAAUAGAAGGAAAAUUAUUUGAUAAAGUUGAAAACAAACACAUAGAUUUUUCAAAAGCUGUCGAGAAGGGUUGGAUAUUACCUGCAGAACAACGGCAAGCCGUUGAAGAAAAAUACAAACUAUGCGAUGAAUCUCUGUCGAAAUUACUUCGUUGGAUAAGCGAAAUAGAAGACCGUCUCGCUACACAAGAUGUCAUCCACGAAGUAGAAGAAGAAUUGAGAAAUCAAAUUAACACUAUUAAGCAAAUUAAAGAUGACCUAGAUCAACAUUCCGGUCAAGUUUCUCACUGCCUAGACCAAGUUCGACAACUAGUACUUACGGCAGGUGAUAUUCUAUCAAAAAGCGAGGUAAUGGGUUUAGAAAAGAGCGGUCGUAAUCUAAAAACUCGUUACGAUAAAGCAGUGGAUCGAACAGAAAAACUUUUACGAAAAUUAUUGACAGCUAGAGAUGAAUUGACUAAACUUAAGGGAGAACUAAAAGUAUUCUCCGAUUGGUUGAGUAAAGCUCGAAGAAUUUUAGAAGAUAAAGAAAGGUCUUUGAGCGAUUUGAAUAGAUUGGAUUCUAGUGCGGACAGUACUAAAGAGUUUGUUAGCGAUGUUAUAGCCCAUCAAGCCGAUUUACGAUUUAUAACUAUGUCUGCCCAGAAGUUUGUGGACGAAAGCAAAGAUUAUCUCAACCUUCUAAAUGAUUUACGUACUUCGCUUCCUUCACGUUUACCUCAUAUUGAACCGUAUUCUUCCCAAGAAUCUCCUAUAAGGAAUGAAGUGUCUCUAGUCACACAACAAUAUCGCGACCUCCUUCAUCGUGCCAAUAAUCUAUCUGAUCGUCUUUCUGGCGUCGGUGGUCGACAAAGGGAAUAUUCAGAUGCCCUUGAGAAAGCUAAAGAUUGGUUGAGAGAAGCUGAACCUAGAGCGAUACAAAUACUUGAUGAGCCCAUAGCUGGAGAUCCCAAAACUGUUGAAGACCAAUUACAGAAAGCAAAGGCUGUCAACAAUGAAUUUGUUGCCAAUGGUAGACUAAUAGACAAUGCUAAACAGGCUACCGCAGCAUUACUGAGAUCAUUAGAGGGUCAAAUAGCACCAUCAGAAAUGGCUCGUUUAGAAGAACCAGUCAAACAUCUUGAGAACAAAUACAAACAACUGUGUAAUGCUAUCGCUAAUCGUUGUCAAGAAUUAGACACAGCUCUUGUCCAAUCGCAAGGCGUACAAGAUGCCUUAGACGGAAUUAUAGAUUGGUUAAAUCAAGCUGAAAAUCAAUUCAAAAACCUACAGAAACCGGCUUCACUUAUCAAAGAAAGAUUAGAAGAACAACUGAGGGAACAUAAAGUUUUCCAAUCUGACAUCGACACACAUAUUUCUUCAAUUGAUAGCGUUUAUUUGUCAGCCAACGAACUAAUAGUAUCCACAAGUAACGCAAGGGUCGCUAAAAAGAUCGAAAGCAAAUUGAAUGACGUUAAAGUUAGAUUCGAAAAAUUGUACGAUAGAGCACAACAACGUGGAGUUUUCCUCGAAAGUAUAAAUCAAGAUUUAACCGUCUUCAACAAUCAAUCAACUAAAUUUGAAGAAUGGUAUAACAGUGUUAUAGAAAUAAUAGAUUCAAAGGAUAUGAAUAGAUUACCUAUGGAAGAUUAUUCUAAACAGAUGAAGAAAUUGAUUGCCAACAGAGAAGAUAAUAGAAAAAUGUAUGAAGAUACUGUAAAGAUCGGUAAAGAACUUAUUAACAAACGCGAUGUAACUGACACGACGAACGUUAGAGAUCGUGUCAAAGCAUUGGAAAAUCAAUGGAGACAACUAGACAAUAUGUUAGAAGAAAAAGCUAGACUCUCUAAAUUACGUGCUGAACAACAAAAUAACUAUGAAAGUUUGAGGCAGCAAGUUCAUGACUGGUUGAGUAAAAUGGAAAAUAAAGUAUCUCGAUUAGAUGCGGUCGCAGUACAUUUAGACAUUCUUAAAAAGCAAAAUGAAGAGCUCAAACCCAUCGCUAGAGAAUAUAAAGAUUUUGGAAGCACUAUUGAUAAAAUAAAUGAUGUCGGUGGCAUUUACGACAGUCUAAUAAGAGGUGACAGACCUGAAUCGCCAUCUAGAAGAAAAGGAUACAGUUCCGGUAAACGUGCAUCUCCUAUUGACGGAAGAUCACCGUCUCCCAACAAAGGUUUAUCUCCACUUUCACCGGGAGGCUCCAGUGGAUUCUCAUCUCGAAGAUCAAGUCAAGAUGGUUUCCAUCUUGAAGAAUUGACUCUAAUACAACAGCAGUUAUCAGAAAUCAAUAACAGAUAUUCAUUACUUGGGGUUAAAAUCAAUGACAGGCAAAAUGAAAUUGAUUCUAUCCGUGAAGAAAUUAGAAAACAACUGGACAACCUUAAAACUCUCACUGCUUUCUUAGAUAAAAUUCAAAGGCAACUGCCUAAAGAUAUUGUUCCCACUACUAAAGAUGAAGCUGAUAAACUCAACAAACAAUUGAAGCAAAUUCUAGAGGAAAUGUAUGAAAAACAGUCUUUAUUAGAUUCCACGAAAACGCAAGUGAAAGAUCUAUUGAAAAGAAAGCCCGGCGCAAUAGGUGCUGACAAUCUAAAUGGGGAAUUGGAAGAUGUUGUUUCGCAUUGGAAGAGUCUGAAUGAUCAUCUGAAAAACAAAAUCAAAUUCAUGGAAGACAUGAAAGAUUUCCUUGAUACUUAUGAUUCCCUCAAUUCUUGGUUAGCUGCUAAAGAACGAAUGUUAACAGUAUUAGGUCCAAUAUCUAGCGAUUCUCGUAUGGUACAAUCCCAAGUACAACAAGUACAAGUACUGAGAGAGGAAUUCAGAACUCAACAACCUCAAUUGCAACACCUUAUCGAAGUUGGAGACAAUGUCUUGAAUCACUUGGAACCAAAAUCAUCUGAUCAUCAAAAAGUAAACAACAAAUUAACGGCAGUCCAACAAAAAUGGGCCGAUUUACUUAGCAAACUUGAAGAACGUGCCGACUCACUAGGAGCAGCCGCUGAUACCAGUAGAGAAUUUGAUGCCCAAUUGACUAGAUUGAGAGAUGCCUUGCAAGGUAUUUCUGAUAAUUUGGAUGAAUUACCUUUGGAUAAAGAUCCAGAAGAUCAAUUACGUAAAGUUGAAAACCUAGAAAGACAAUUGGAAGGCCAAAGACCCCUUCUGACCGAUCUCGAGUCCAAUGGAGCGCACUUGUGUGAUGUACUGAGUGAUCCAGCUUCACGAGCCGAUAUCCAAGCUAAAUUAGCAUCGGUGGGACGGCAAUAUAAUGCCUUGCAGAAAAAAUUGGACCACAAGAAAGCUGAAAUCGAAGGGUCAUUGCGAGACGGAAGACAAUUUGAAGAACAAUGUGCCAGAACUUUGGGAUGGUUAUCAGAUGAAUUGGGAUCACUUUCGGAAAAAUUCCUUAUUUCAGCUGUUAGAGAAAUUCUUGAACAACAGUUGAACCAACACGAACCAAUUUAUAGAGACGUUUUAGCGCGAGAACAUGAAGUUAUCAUGCUUUUGAACAAGGGUAGAGAUAUUCUAUACAGAAACAACAAAAUUGAAAAUAGGACUCUCCAAAGAGAUCUCGACAAAAUCAGUCAAAACUGGGAAAAACUGCGCAAAGAAACAGUGGAUAGACAUACCAGACUACAAACUUGCAAAGAACAUUGCCGCAAAUUUUAUAAGGUUCUCGAAACAUUCCUUCCAUGGUUAAGACAAGCUGAAGAUAAAUUGGAUACUUUGAAACCUUCAUCGUUCCAGAAAAAACAUAUUGAGAAGCAACUGAAAGAAUUACAGUUAUUCCGAAAUGAAGUAUGGAAAAAAUCUGGAGAUUACGAAAAUACUAGAUCGCUAGGGGAAACGUUCCUUUCAGCAUGUGAUAUCGAUAAAGAUGAUGUAAAGAACGAAUUGGGCGAUUUGAAAGACAGAUGGGACAGACUUAACAAUAAUUUGAUUGCCAAAACACAAGCAUUGGAAGACCAAGCUAGGAAACUGGCAAACUUUGUAGAAAAUGUACGAGAUUUACAACACGGCUUAGAAAGAUGUGAAGAUAAAUUAACUUCUCACGACGCUUUAGGUGGCGCGGCUAGAGAUCCUAAACUUUUAGAUCGCAUCAAAGCACUGAGAGAGGAGACAGUAAACCUAAAGAAACCACUACAAGGUGUUCGACAACAAGCUAACGAUUUAUCUAAUGAAGCUCUGGACCACAACAUUGAUGCUAAUCAUCUUAAGGAUGAAGUUGAUGGUUUAGGAGACCGAAUAGAAGAUUUAUGCAGUAAAUUAGACGAUCGUUGUUCAGAUUUACAAUCGGCUGCUACCGCGGUUACACAAUUUAAUGAUAAAGUCAAAGAGAUAUCUCAAAAUUUGUCCGAGUUGGAAACCGAAUUAGAUAAUAUGAAACCACCGGGUAGAGAAAUCAAAUUGGUUAGAAUACAAAUCGAUGAUGUAAACAAAUUCCUUAACAAAGUUAAUAAGGUUACUGAUGGCUUAAAUGAUGCUAUUUACUCCGGGGAACGAUUAGUUGACAAUGGCUUUGCUCCAGAUACGUUGCUUACUAGACAACAAUUAGAUACUUUAAAGAAACAGCUGGGGAAACUAGAUGAUCGAGCACACCUCCGAGAAAAAGAUCUCGAAAAUAUCCUUAAGAAACUAGAAGGUUUUUACAUGUCGCAUUCUAGUGUACUAGAUGAUAUCCAAGAAGCUUCCGGAGAAUUACGUAAACUGAAGCCAGUAGGUUCAGAAGUUGACAGUAUUAGAGCUCAACAAAAAGAUUUUAAAAAAUUCAGGGCGAAUACUUUCGAACCUUUGGGUAAAAACAUAGAAGAAGUGAACAAAUUAGGACAAGGACUCAUUCAGUCUGCUUCGCCUGGUGUCAACACUGCCAUUUUGGAAAAAGAUCUAGAAAAAAUGAAUGCUCUCUGGAACGAUCUUAAAGAGAAAAUUCACGAUAGAGAACGUAAACUUGAUAUCGGUCUCCUGCAAUCGGGCAAAUUCCAAGAAGCUUUGGACGGUUUAUCUAAAUGGUUAACAGACACUGAAGAACUAGUAGCUAAUCAGAAACCUCCUUCGGCAGAUUACAAAGUAGUUAAGGCACAGUUACAGGAACAAAAAUUCCUCAAGAAGAUGUUGUUAGACAGACAGAAUUCCAUGACAUCAUUAUUCAAUAUGGGCAACGAAAUCGCCAAAGAAGCUGAACCGUCUGAACGCAAAGCAAUCGAAAAACAAUUGAAAGAUCUUAUUGGUCGUUUCGACGCUUUAACGGAAGGAGCUCAACAACGCACAAUGCAACUAGAACAAGCAAUGCGUGUUGCUAAAGAAUUCCAAGAUAAAUUAAUUCCUCUUCAAGAUUGGUUAGACCGUACCGAAAAGAAAGUUAAAGAUAUGGAAUUGGUACCUACGGAUGAAGAGAAAAUACAACAAAGAAUCCGUGAACAUGAUACUCUCCAUAACGAUAUUCUCGACAAAAAAGUUGACUUUAAAGAACUUACCGAUAUCGCUUCCAACUUAAUGUCUCUCGUUGGCGAUGACGAAGCUUCUGGACUUGCUGAUAAAUUACAAGAAGUUACAGAUAGAUAUGGCAAUCUAGUGGAAGCAAGUGAUCACAUCGGACAACUUUUAACAGAUUCACGACAAGGUCUAAGACAUUUAGUUCUUACUUACCAAGAUUUAGCAGCUUGGAUGGAUCAGAUAGAAUUGAGAUUAGCCCGUUAUAAAGUAUUAGCGGUUCACAAUGACAAACUAUUAGAACAAAUGGACGGCCUUACAGAUCUAUCCGAAAAUAUUGCUAGUCGUCAAAAUGACGUUGAUGGUACAGUAGAUUCUGGUGUUGAAUUAAUGAGACACAUUUCCUCAGAUGAAGCUCUACAACUUAAGGAUAAAUUGGAUUCUUUGCAACGUAGAUACAACGACUUGACUACGAAAGCAGCUGAUCUUUUGAAACUAGCUGAAACUGUAUUACCUUUGGUGCAGAAAUUCCAUACAAACCAUAACCGUUUAGUAGAUUGGAUGCAAAGUGCCGAAUCCAUUUUACAAUCCGCCGAACCACAUGAAGGUGAUAUUGCUCGUUUAGAAAUUGAUUUACAGGAACUCAGACCGGUUUUAGAAACUAUCAAUGUACUGGGACCACAAUUAUGUCAAGCUAGUCCUGGGGAAGGAGCUGCCACAAUCGAAGGAUUGGUUACUAGAGACAAUCGAAGAUUUGACGCGAUUGCAGAACAAAUACAAAGAAGAGCCGAAAGAAUUCACUUGGGAAAACAAAGGGCACUAGAAGUUACUGGUGACAUUGAUGAACUGUUGGAAUGGUUUAGAGAAGUUGAAGGGCAACUAAGAGACGCAGAAAAACCAUCAGGAGAGCCCGAUUUGAUAAGAAUCCAACUGAAAGAACAUAAAGCACUCAAUGAUGAUAUUUCAAGUCAAAAGAGUAGAGUUCGUGAUGUAUUGUCUUCUGCUAAGAAAGUUCUUCGUGAAAGUCCACCUAGUGAAGAUACGUCCUUAAUAAGAGAAAAAAUGGACGAUUUGAGAGAAGUAAUGGACGGUGUAUCUGCUUUGAGUUCCGAUAGGUUAGGAAUUCUGGAACAAGCUCUACCGUUAGCUGAACAUUUCCAUGAUACCCAUAACGUACUUGUAUCAUGGUUGAAUGAUAUGGAAGAACAAGUGACUAUGUUAACAAUGCCUGCUUUGCGACCAGAUCUUAUCGCACAACAACAAGAUCGCAACGAAAUGUUUUUACAAUCAAUUAAUGAACAUAAACCGCUCAUAGACAAACUUAAUAAAACUGGUGAAGCACUUAUUAACCUCUGCAACGAUGAUGAUGGUAUUAAAGUUCAAGAAUUAGUAGACUCCGACAAUGCGCGUUAUGGAGCGCUGAGACUAGAACUGCGAGAACGACAACAAGCAUUAGAACAAGCAUUACAAGAAAGCUCCAAGUUUUCUGAUAAACUCGAAGGAAUGCUCCGUGCUCUAUCCCACACUGCUGAUCAAGUUAACCAUCUAGAACCGAUAUCGGCUCAUGUGCCAAAGAUCAAAGACCAAAUUGAAGAUAAUGAUAACUUAGUAGCUGAUAUAGAUAAGAGAAAGGAAGCUUACGCAGCUGUACAGCGGGCUGCCGAUGAUGUUAUAAGUAAAGCUGGAAACAGAGCUGAUCCGGCCAUUAAAGAAAUCAAAGCUAAAUUAGAAAGACUCAAGAGUUUAUGGGACGAUGUACAAAAAGCCACAAACACUCGAGGAAAAUCAUUAGAUCAUGCUUUGGAGGCAGCCGAAAAAUUCUGGAAAGAAUUACAUGCCGUUAUGGCUACACUUAAAGAUCUUGAAGAUUCUUUAGCGUGUCAAGAACCUCCUGCCGUAGAACCCAAAGCUAUCCAAGAACAACAAGUUGCUUUGCAAGAAAUCCGCCAAGAAAUCGACCAAACUAAACCAAGCGUUGACAAAGUUAGAAGUUCAGGAGAGAAAUUAAUGAAAUUGUGUGGUGAACCCGAUAAACCUGAUGUUAAAAAACACAUUGAAGAUUUAGAUAAUGCUUGGGAUAACAUUACUGCUCUCUAUGCAAAACGCGAGGAAAAUCUUAUUGAUGCAAUGGAAAAGGCAAUGGAAUUCCACGAAACUUUACAGAAUCUACUCGCUUUCUUGAGCCAAGCCGAGGGUAAAUUUGAAAAACUUGGUCCUCUAGGCAGCGACAUUGAUGCCGUCAAAAAACAAAUCGACCAACUCAAAAAGUUCAAAGCCGAAGUUGAUCCGCACAUGGUUAAAGUUGAAGCUUUGAAUAGGAGUCUCAUAAGGCAAGCUCAAGAACUCACAGAACGCACAUCUUCAGAUCAAGCCGCAUCUAUCAAAGAACCAUUAUCAGCUGUUAAUAGAAGAUGGGACGAUUUACUUAGAGGUAUUGUAGAAAGGCAGAGGCAGCUUGAAAACGCUUUACUAAGAUUAGGACAAUUCCAACAUGCUCUUAAUGAACUUCUCGUAUGGAUCUCUAAGACCGAUACGACUCUUGACGAGUUAAAACCGGUUGCGGGAGAUCCACAAGUACUAGAAAUCGAAUUAGCAAAGCUGAAGGUUUUAGUUAAUGAUAUACAAGCUCAUCAAACUAGUGUUGAUACUCUUAAUGAUGCCGGUAGACAAAUAAUUGAAAGUGGGGAGUCUGAUGAAGCGAGUGUAACGCAAGAAAAACUUAACACCUUGAACACUCAAUGGCGUUCUUUAAUGCAAAAAGCUGCAGACAGACAACGAGAGCUCGAAGAUGCCCUCACAGAGGCCCAGAGGUUCAAUGCAGAAAUUCAAGAUCUGCUCUCUUGGUUAGGUGAUGUAGAUGGCAUUAUUGCUGCCAGCAAACCUGUAGGAGGUUUACCAGAAACAGCUACUGAACAGUUGGAAAGAUUUAUGGAAAUAUACAACGAAAUCGAAGACAACAGGCCUAAAGUAGAGACUGUAUUAGCACAAGGACAAGAAUAUCUUAAAAAAGCUGCUUCUCCUGCUUCCAACUUACAACACAACCUGCGUACUUUGAAACAAAGAUGGGAUAGUGUUACUGCUAGAGCCAAUGACAAAAAAAUCAAAUUGGAAAUUGCUCUGAAAGAAGCCACUGAAUUCCAUGAAUCGUUACAAGCAUUUGUUGAUUGGUUAACAAACGCUGAGAAACAUCUUCAGACUCUCAAACCAGUGUCUAGAGUUUUAGAUACAAUUCAAAAUCAAAUCGAAGAGCACAAAAUAUUCCAGAAAGACGUUAGUGCUCAUCGAGAAAUCAUGCUAGCUUUGGACAAAAAGGGAACACACCUUAAAUACUUUAGCCAGAAACAAGAUGUAAUAUUAAUUAAAAAUCUUCUGAUCAGUGUCCAACACAGAUGGGAAAGAGUAGCUUCAAAAUCAACUGAAAGAACUAGAGCAUUAGACUUGGGAUAUAAAGAAGCUAAAGAAUUCCACGAUUCUUGGUCUUCUUUGAUGAAUUGGUUGGAUGAGACUGAAGUAUCAUUGGACGAACUUCAAUCAGAAACUAUUAGCAAUGAUCCUAACAAAAUCAAACAACGCCUAGCAAAACAUCAAGAACUUCAAAAGGCUUUAUCAUCGAAACAAGGAACUUAUGAUAAUGUUAUGAAAACAGGCAAACAACUUAAAGAUAAAGCACCUAAAACUGAUGAAACCACUCUUAAGCAUAUGCUUACUGAACUUAAGAGUAAAUGGAAUUCUGUUUGUCAUAAAAGCGUUGACAGACAACGUAAACUGGAAGAAGCUCUUCUCUAUUCAGGUCAGUUCAAAGAUGCUAUUGCUGCUUUAGUUCAAUGGCUACAAAAAGCAGAAAAAGAUCUAUCAGCCGAUAGUCAUUUGCAUGGUGACUUAGAUACUGUCAAUCAUCUAGUUGAUCUACACAGAGUAUUUGAAAAAGAAUUAGAAAAACGUAAUGAUCAAAUGGAUUCUGUUAUUAAGAAUGGACAAGAAUUAGAAAGGUCAGCUGCCAAAGCUGAUGCUAUUCAAAUUCGAGCGCAAUUAAACGAACUAACAGAACUGUGGGAAACUGUAACUCACUUAACCAGAAUAAGAACAGAGAAACUCAGAGAGGCCUUAACGGAUGCUGAACAUCUUCAUAGAUCUGUUAAUAUGAUUUUGGAUUGGUUAUCAGAAGCUGAAAUGAAAUUGAGAUUUGUUGGAAAUCAACCAGAAGAUGAAGCUACAGCAUAUGAACAAGUUAAAGCUCUUGAUCAAUUCAGAGCUCAAUUAAAUGAAAAAGAAAUAGAAAAAGAUCAAACUCUAGAAUUGGCCCAUAACAUACUUGCUAAGGCCCAUCCAGAUUCGAUCAAUGUAAUUAAAAAUUGGAUAAAGGUUAUCCAAGCUAGAUGGGAGGAAGUCUCCCAAUGGGCAUUACAGCGACACCAGAAGCUAUCCCAGCACUUACAAUCGCUCAAAGAUAUGGAUGAAACCAUAGAGGAGCUCAUUCAGUGGUUACUAGGUCUAGAAAAUACUUUGAUUGCUCUUAAAAGGGAGGAAUUACCCAUGGAUAUUCCAGAAACCGAACAACUUAUUGCAGAUCAUAAAGAAUUUAUGGAAAAUACACAAAAAAGACAAGCAGAAGUAGAUAGAGUAUGUAAAGCAAAACAAGUCAAGUCUGCAGUUAGCAUUAAAGAUCCCAAGAAAUUCGCCAAAGGAAAAGGACAAAUUCGUGGUUCUCAGCAUGAUAUUCACGAUUCCACACAAGACAUCUAUGGCUCACUUGGUCGCAAGCAAAGCUUCAAAGGCUCAAGGAAUGAUCUUCAACGAGGAAGUCGUGUCAGCCUAUCAGGACGGGAUCUUCUCAGUCCAGAUUCGAAUUUACCACACAUCGGCCCAAGGUUCCCACCCACUGGAAGCGAACCGGAAUUCCGGUCUCCAAGAGUCAAAUUCUUAUACGACAAAUGGCGUCAUGUAUGGAUGCUAUCCUGGGAAAGACAGAGAGAACUAUAUGAUCAUCUGGCUUAUCUGAAAGAAAAAGAAAAAGCUGACAACUUCUCAUGGGACGAUUGGAGAAAACGUUUCUUGAAAUUCAUGAAUUACAAAAAGUCAAGGUUGACAGAUCUCUUCAGAAAAAUGGACAAGGAUAACAAUGAGUUGAUACCCAGAGAUGACUUCAUUGAAGGAAUCAUCAAAACAAAAUUCGACACUUCUCGAUUGGAAAUGAAACAUGUAGCAGACAUGUUUGAUGAAAACAACCGCGGUUUGAUCGAUUGGAAGAAAUUCAUAGCAGCCCUUCGUCCAGAUUGGGAAGAAAAACCAGUAGAUAAUGAUGCUCAGAAGAUUCACGAUGAAGUAAAACGGUUGGUUAUGUUGUGUACUUGCAGACAGAAAUUCAGGGUUUUCCAAGUCGGUGAAGGAAAAUACAGAUUUGGGGAAAGUCAAAAAUUACGUUUAGUCCGUAUUCUACGAAGUACUGUAAUGGUACGAGUAGGAGGUGGUUGGGUAGCGUUGGAUGAAUUCCUGUUGAAGAAUGAUCCUUGCAGAGCCAAAGGACGCACAAACAUAGAGCUGCGCGAGCAAUUCAUCUUAGCGGACGGGGUUUCGCAAACUAUGACGGCGUUCAAGCCCAAAACGUCUGCGUCUAGUCCCGCAUCUGGUUCUUCGGCAUCUUCACUACGCACACCUCAGGGUCCCAUUACGAAGGUACGGGAACGUUCUCAACGAUCAGUGCCUAUGGGAAGUCUACCACGAACGUCCAAAUCAUCUCUUUCAGCCGGCACACCGGACUCCCUCUCAGAUAACGAAAGUUCAACAUUCCGUACGCCCAGAAAGCCAUCUUAUAGGUCAACAUUAACUCCAGGUGGUUCAAGAAGUAAUUCGAGGCCACAGUCUAGGACAGGAAGUAGACCUGGAAGUAAACCACCAUCUAGGCAUGGAUCUAACUUGUCUUUAGACAGUACAGAUGACACUACACCAUCAAGAAUUCCAAGAAGAACACCAACAUCUGGAAGAAGUUCGGCCCUCUCAACAACAAAAAGUAUAAACGGGUCUAGUUCGAGACCAAGAACACCCAGUGGACUAAUCUCGCCAGCGAGUCCUGUUGGAAGGUCUCGCAUACCGAUAUAUAAAGGAAAAAGUGAAGAAAUUGACCCUGAUUCGCCCUCUACUUCAAGUUCUUGCUCCAUGACUUUUUCUUCUGGAAAAUCGUCAUCAAGUAGAACAAGAAUUCCACGACUUAUUAGGAGCGCAAGUUCAAGCAAAGUAAAACAAGUGACAAUAGGCGUUGCCCCAACGCUAAGGACAGCCUCUAGAACAAGAACACCGUCAGGUUCCAAUACUCCCGUUCAUCCAGACCAACAAACAGCAGUCUCAAAAUUACUGAAACGUCCUACAAGUGGAACAGAAACUCCCACCGGCCAAACCCGAAGGAAACCAACUUCAAUUUCCGAUCGGGAACCAUUUAGGUUAUAAUUUACUCUCUUUAACUAUUCCAGAAAAAAAUAAUAAAAUAAAAACUUAAAUGACUGACAUGUUAUGUUAAGAAGCUGAAAAAUGUUCAUAUUUUUGUAUAAAUGUAAAAUAUUUACUUUAAUUUUUUGUUUGACAAAGUCAAACCUUUGUUGAAGAAAAGAUAUGGUUGGAAUUUUUUGGUAUAAAAAGUUUAACAGCACUCUUUACUAAAAUAAUUAGUUUUUAAGUCAAAAAAGAGGAUUUAUUUAUUUUUUCUGUAAUAUGAAAAUUUCAAUUUUUUAAGUUGCCAUAUCUAUAAGAAUAAAAUUGAGUGAUGAGGUAUGUUUUUGUGAUUUGGAGUAACUAUUGUGUAUUGGUAAAUUAAUUUAUAUAUUGGCAAAAGGGACCAUUUUUUUAAAUUUCUUUUUUAAGGUUUACUAAUUUUUCUAACCUGCUUUAUUGAUUUUAUUUUUAUUAAUACCCUUAAAGCCAAACACUGCAUACUACUCUUUCAUAUAUAAUACGAGAAGAGAGUGUGAUUACCACUUUUCCAUGUUUACCUCUUGUAAUCGCCAGUACAAGGGGUAAACAUAUUGUAACUUAUUUAUAUGUAACGCUUUUGUAUUAUUUAACUACGAUUCUUGUUAUUUAAUAAAAACCUAAAUUUUUAUUAUUA